AUGGCGAAUUAUAAUCCGACUGGUUUUAUGCCGGGAGGGAUACGAAUGGGUGUUCCCUUUGUUUACAGCCUUCCAAAUGGCCCAAGAUUACCACCUACAAGACCACACCUUACCAUGACACCAAAUGGAUAUGUACCAGGAGUUCACCAUAAUAUAAACGCAAAUUCAUAUGUACCGAAUAUGAUAAUGUCAAAUAACCCAAGAAACCUUAUUCCAAUGCGGAUACCAACUCUUCCUACUAAAAUUUCUUGCAUUGUAAGACUAUUAUCUUUUGCAGAAUUUUUAGGUUGUGAUAAUCCGCAAGGUCCAAGGGAUGAUAUUCAAUUCUGGAAAACUUUAGCACAUAAUUAUUUUACUGAAGAAAUUACAAUGAAAUAUACAUUACAUAAUAUAAAGAACCAUGAUAAAAAAAAAUAUGAACUCAAAUAUCAUAUUAUUCCAAGAUUCUAUCUUACAUUUUAUGAAUCUGGAAUAGAAAAGAUACAAAUUAUCCUUGGAAAUCCAAAGGAAACAACGAGUGCUCCAAAUGGUACUUCAAAUAGUAUUCAAACCAUAAUAGAUUGCACAUCUGCUUCUAUAGUAUACCAUUUUAGAAAUGGAGCUCAGUUUACCGAAUAUGUGCCACGACAUCAUCAAAUAUCAAAAGAAGCGACUGUAAAUGAUUAUGGAAUACCAUUUAAGACAAUGCGAUGCCUAGAUAUCGCAGAGGUUGUUGAUAACAUGCACGAAGUCAUGAAAAAUGCUAUAUUCAACCCACAACUUGGACCACUACGUAAAUAUAAUUUUCUUACAUUAGGGAUGAUGUCAGCUUCAUCUCAAACCAUGAAUCUUACACCUACAAUUUCUAAUAAUCCAAAUCAAAACCAUAGGAUAUCAAAUCCACAGCUAAAUGGACUUAAAGACAUUAAACAUGAAUAUACUGGUGCCCCGCCAACACCUAAUGCAAAUGAUUUACAGGCAUCAGCCCCAACACCAACUGCGAAUCCUACACCAAAUCCAACACCUACUCCAACGCCGACAUUAACUCCUUCACCUCUGGUGUCUAACCCUAAUGGAAUCUUAAUAGGUUCACCUCACCAAAAACUUUCAAAAAAAUCUCCGGCCCUAAGUGAUCUAAAUCUUAAAAGGAGUAAUGAUAACGGGUCAGCAGCAAGUAAAAAACGUAGGUCAACACAACUUAAGACCUCUCCGAGAAAGAACGCAUAG